UUCUUAUUGAUGCAAUUGAAAAGUCUUACCUUUUGUCACACUAAAUAAGCAGAAUUACUAUCUCUGGCUUCAGCAUACAUGUUCUCUUCCACAACAUGAAGUGUCUAAAGAUGAUCAAACCUGCCUUUACUCUCUCUUGUUUUUGCAUGCUUCUGUGUUAUGCCACUGUCCUCAACCCUGUUUUUGCUGACGAUACUUGUGAUUUUCCGGCCAUUUUCAACUUCGGCGACUCCAAUUCGGACACCGGUGGACUGGCAGCAACCUUUGAAUGGAACCCUCCACCAUAUGGGGAAACCUUCUUUCACAUGCCAAACGGGAGGUUUUCCGAUGGACGGCUUAUUAUCGAUUUCAUUGCUUCACGUUUAGGUCUUCCUUUUCUGGAUGCCUAUCUCAAUUCUUUGGGAACCAAUUACACACAUGGAGCGAAUUUCGCCAUUGCAGGAGCAACAAUCACACAGCCGUUAUUUCGCUAUUACAGCCCCGUUUACUUAGAUGUGCAGGUUGGACAAUUCGAGCAGUUCAUAAACAGAUCACAAUUUAUCAAGAAAUCGGGAGGGAUAUUCAAGGAUCUAAUGCCUGAAGAGGACUCAUUUGAGGAAGCUUUAUAUACAUUUGAUAUUGGUGUUAAUGAUAUGGCUAUGGAACUUUCUGCUAAUUGGACCGUAGAGGAAGUCAAUGCAUCUAUACCAACCCUAAUCAAUGGGUUAUCCAAUGCUAUCAAGGAUGUAUACAAGUUGGGAGGUAGAUCAUUUUGGGUCCAGAACACCAACCCCAUGGGCUGCCUUCCCGCUAUGUUGACGAAUUAUCCGGAGGCGGCGGCUCAAAACGACAGUGUAGGGUGUGCAAUUCCUUUCAAUCAGUUAUCUCAGUUUUACAAUUACAAAUUGAAGGAGGCAGUUGCUCAGCUGAGGAAAGACCUUCCUUUAGCUGCAAUCACAUAUGUAGAUGUCUACACCAUCAAGUAUGAUAUCAUCAGUCAUCCACAAAAAUAUGGACUGUCGUAUCCAACUAUUUCUUGUUGUGGCUAUGGCGGGAAAUAUAACUAUAGCGAUGCAGGCUGUGGAAGUACUGUGACUGUGAAUGGAAGCGAUAUUUUUGUGGGAUCAUGCAAAGACCCCUCAAAGAGAAUAAAUUGGGAUGGAGUUCACUACACUGAGGCAGUUAACAAGAUUAUUGUUGAUCAUAUCUCCACUGGAAAUUAUUCAGAUCUACCCAUUCCCCUGAACAUGGUUUGCCACAGGGAAUUGGAAGACUCAGAUUCUAAUUAUACAAGCACACAAACAAUUAUUACAUAUAUAUAUAUAUAUAUAUAUAUAUAUAUAUAUAUAUAUAUACAUGUAUACCAUAUUAUUGUUAUACUUGUUAGAUCUCUUUUAUGUAAUAAGCAAAUUCAUUCGAGCCCUUGGUUGGGUAUUUGUGGGUGUGUAUGUAUUUAACAAAUAUAAAUAAAUAAAUUUCAAC